AUGGAAUUAAGUGGGAUUCUCAACACUGAAGAUCCAGUUCAUAUGUUAACACUUCAUCUGGUAUACAUUCCAAGAAUCAACAGAGCUCUUUCAGAAUUAAUGGAAGCUUUCAACCACCAUGCAGUGCGUACAGAGAGAAACUGGACACCAUAUCAGAUGUGGGUAAAUGGGAUGAUGCAUGUCGACAAUCCACUGAGCCAGGGAGAGUUGGAUGAAAAUCCAGAUGACAUUGAAUUUUAUGGUUAUGACCCAGAUGGGCCGUCUACUCAAGAGGAAUCAAAUAACGUUGUCAUUGUUGAGCCCAUUGUUGUGAAUGCAGACAGGCAUAUAAUAGAGGCUUUUGUUCUGGAGAGGAUUGAUCCACUACGAAAUUCAACUGAAUUUGGGAUCGAUAUAUACAGAGAAGCUCUGGAACUGGUUAUCUUUAAAAUUAAUGAACUAAUUUCUUUGAAUUAA